CCGAGAAUCUGAGAUUGAAAAUCAGAAAAGACAGAUCACAUCAGCUUCCACCAUGGCCUCUCCAGAGACCUACACCCCGCCAAACCACUGCAUUGCUGAUUUCUGCUUGAUUCCGAUAGGGACGUCCUCCCCGUCAGUUUCCGAGACUAUCGCCGACGUUGAGCGUUUGGUAGAGAAGUCCGGAUUAAAAUUCAUCAUGCAUUCCUGUGGUACGACUCUGGAAGGACCGUGGGAUAAAGUCUUUGCUCUGAUCGGCCAGACACACGCCAUGCUCCACCAGAAAGGAACGGCUCGCGUACACACCGAUAUACGUGUUGGCUCGAGAGUUGACAAGAGGGAAACAAUGGAGAACAAAGUCAAGGUCGUGCAGGACAUCCUGGCCCGCGAUCCAUAAGGGUAGAUGCACGUUUCCGUACGAGUGGGAUUGAUGCUGCAGUCGAUGGUUAAUUAACUAGUUAAAAGUUGUAAAGCUUGGAAAAAAAAAUACUUCAGGGAACUCAACACGUUGUUAUAAAAGGGCCAAUCAGUGUUUGCUAGGAGAAGACAGAAAGGGAAUUAUGGGUGAUAAUUUUUAAUACAAAUGACAUUGAAUUUGUGAGGGCCAGUAUAAAAAUUCUAGAUGACUAUGCUACCAAGGUUGGUUCUUU